CUUCUCUUUCUCUUUCUCUCUCUCUCUCUCUCUCUCUCUCUCGGCCCCCUCUUCUUGCGACUACACUCCUCAUAUCCUUCUCUUCUUCAGAAUCAGCGACGACACCUCGGUUUUUCUAAUCUUCUUGUUCUUCUAAUUAUCACACACGCACACGCACACAUACUCUCAUUUCCCUUCUAUCUGUAAAAAAGAAAUCCCGAAAAGUACCAUUACAAGCAUGUCUGUAUUAAAAAAGCUGUUUUUGAUUGGCACCUUGGCCUUGUCCGCCGCUAAUGCUCAAGAGGCUACGUCUGCCGCUCCCUCUGAACCCGCCGCAUCGUCUUCAGUCUCUGCUGCUGCUGCUGCUCCUACUCCUAGCGGUGGUGCUAGCGGAUUCCAAUUCAAAGAAUCGUACCCUACCGAUGGUAGUGUCCCUGUCCCCAAGCAAGAAUGGAUGGCCUUGCUCCAAAACGCCAACAUUACUGAUGCGCCUGUUGUAAAGGCUAAUGGCAAUGCCGGUCCUCAGCAAUCCGGUACGGCAGAUCCUUACUGCGACUGGACCUUCACUGGCUGCACUCGCGAAACCGAUAUCGUCGCCUGCCCUAAAGGUCAAUGGGGCAUCACCUACGAUGACGGUCCUACUCAAUUCAGUCCAAAGCUAUACGACUUCCUCGACCAAACCCAACAGAAAGCUACGCUUUUCUUGAUCGGCGGCCAGGUUAUCAAGUACGCUGACCUAACGGAGCGAGCCUUUAAAGCAGGCCACGAAUUGGCCAUCCAUACUUGGUCUCACUCUUACUUGACCACUCUUACAACUGAACAAGUUGUUGCCGAAUUAAAAUGGACAGAGACUGCCAUCAAAGAAGUCACUGGCUUCUCGCCUCGCUUCUUCCGACCUCCUUAUGGUGACAUUGACGAUCGUGUUCGUGGCAUUGCCGCCGCUUUGGGCUUCACACCCGUUAUCUGGAAUCAUGACACGGACGACUGGAUGGCCGGUGAGCAGCCUGGCUUCAACGAGCAAUGGAUCGAUGGUAACGUCACUGAAUGGGCCGCUGCCAAUGCCACCGCCACUGAGGGUGGUAUUUCCCUUGAACAUGAUCUUUACCAAAAAACUGUCGACGCUGCUAUUCGCGUUUUGCCCGUUCUUCAGAAAUCUUACAAAGUAACAACCGUCGGCGCCUGUACAGGUCAGCAAGCAUAUAAGGAAGGCGCAGCUCCCAAUAACGCCACCACCUCGGCCACCCCGUCAUCAUCCGCUUCGUCUUCAGGCGUCGCGCCCGAUGGCUCUUCAGCUGCCGAAGACUCAACCCAAGAAGGUGCUGCUUCCCAAGUGGUUGUUGCCCGUACAGUCAUCGGUGCUGCUGCUCUUGCCGGAGCUGUUUCGUACUUUUUGGCUUAGAAAAAAAACAAGGCCGUAUUACAGCCCAAUUGAUCAAUCUCACCUCCCCCCCACCUUUUCUUUCUAGAAAAGAUAACCUUAAUCUAUUAGUCCGUCAUCCCAACAUCCUUUUUUUGUGUAUUAAGUAAUUCCAAUCAUCAUUUCUCCCUUCUUAUUACAACGGCACUUUUUGUUUGAUAUACCCGGUUCUUUUUAUAAAUGUAUGAUGCUCCUAAUACAGUAUUUAACAACAACAGGGAAUGAAAUAAAAAAUAAAUACAAUAUGUAGCUUCGCAUAGCACCCACUCGGAGCCAUCUCUCUGUAGUGUCCCUGC